AUGGCAGAAGAUAGCAAAUCUAUCUCAACGUCAGAGGCCGUCACCCCUCCCACCGGGGAAUCUCUGCGAUCGCAACAGAGCUCCGACGCACAAGGCCAGUUCUCAGCAGCGGUCGACGACCUCCUAGAUCAAUUACAACACAAGUUCGACAAUGUGUCGCGGGAAGUGUUCGCAAAAUUGGACGACAUGGCUACGCGACUCGACGAGCUGGAAGCUUCCUUGACUGUUGCGGGCGACACGGCGGCGGCGACAGCGUCGUCUCCAACAAAAUGA